AUAAAGUUAACCACUUUUUUCAACAAAGCUCCUUUUGUCUAUCAAUCCAUGCCUCUAUUUAUAUGAAACCACGUCAAAUCUUCAUCUUUCGAUCACUGUGUAUUCUGAUUUCUGGGUGCCUUGAACCGGCCUCCGUUGCCGGAAAACAUGGACGACUCCUGGCGAAUGCGGAUGGGAAUGGCGCCCAGCCUCCCGCGGCGUCGUUCGGUCGAGGAUACCUCUUCCAGACGCUCCCUUUUCGGACACGCAGGAAGUACUCUAGACGCCGACGACUUCGCCGACGUCUUCGGGGGGCCGCCUCGGAGCGUUCUGCAGCGCAAAUUCUCCGGCGACUUUUCCAAUUCCAAUUGUUUCUACGAGGAGAUUUUCCGGAAGCCGGAGUUUGUGACUCCGGCUACCAGUGGUGGCCGUAGCCUGCCCGCGUUCAGGAUUCCGGCGAGGAGCGAGGGGUUCUAUAGCGAUAUAUUUGGGUCGGACGAUGAUCGGAGACGAUCGAGGGAGCGGUCCCGGCCGACAUCGAAGGCGAAGUCGAACUCGUCUUCGGCGCUGAGCUCGGAGGAGCUGAGCCCUCUCCGGCCGGUCAUCGGAGAUGACGUGGCAUUGUCCUCCUUUGCUUCAAAGCUCAGGCCAAUCAGUGUACCGUGUAGAUGGAACUCAUCAACUAUGAUGACUGAAGAAUAUCCCAAGAAACAAGAGAAGCCUGUUUUUCCUUGCAAUCUCUCUCCCUACACUGAACACCAAUUCAUGGAAAAUGAAUACCAUGAGAAUUUCAGAAGCUCCUAUAGUGGAUUCCGAAGACAGGUCUCGUCCCCAGAAACCAUUAGUCUCGAACCAAAUUCAUAUGGAAGUCUCAAAAUAUCUGUAGAUGAUCCAGAACUGAACUCCUCUUCAUCAGCUGUCUCUUCACUUCAUCAGGACCCUGAGCCUGAAUCUGGGAUUCAAGAUCAUGCAUUCCCAGAACAAGAAGAUGAUGAAGUUAUGAGCUCUUAUGUCAUUGAGAUCAACUCUUACCAUAGAGAUGGAACUGGAACCUGCAGUGAAACAGUUUCUGUUGACGAAGCAAUUGCAUGGGCCAAAGAGAAGUUUCAAGCACACAGUUCUGAGAAAGAUUUGAACAUGAGACAAGGUGACAAUGAGCAGCCGGUUGAAAUGGAAGGAAGGCCUACUCCAAGUGAAUUUUCAGUUCAACCGAUUGAUGGGCACGGAAUGAUUCAAUCUACAGAGGAAGAAGAACAAAGAAAUUGGACAGCUGAAGAAGAAAAACAACAGUCAGAAAAAGAUAUGGAAGUGAAGUUAUUGGAUGAAUACAUACGGUUGUGGUCAGCUGGCAAAGAAACCAACAUAAAGAUACUGCUUUCAAAACUACAUCAUAUUCUGUGGCUCAAUAGUGGCUGGUGUGCUAUCCCUCUGACAAGCCUAACAGAAAGCUCACAAGUGAAGAAAGCUUAUCAGAAAGCAAGGCUAUGUCUCCACCCAGACAAACUGCAACAAAGAGGAGCAACACUCCCACAAAAAUAUGUUGCAGAGAAGGCAUUCUCCAUCCUUCAGGAUGCAUGGGCUGCUUUCAUCUCCGAAGAUGUCUUCUUAAACUAGUGGGACAACUAGGAUCGUUUGGAUCUUCUAUGGCUGAAGCAAGUCUGUAUAUUCUAUGGCUGAAGCAGUCUCUUAAGACAGAGGAACAUGCUCAAAAGCAUGUGUUUUGUUUUUUUUUUUUUUUUUUUUUUUUUUGGUAAAAAUGGUUUUGAAGUCCAGUAGAUCAUGUAUUCAAAAAUUUGCAUGUUUGUUUGACUACCUUCCUGUUGUAAAAUCCAAUGACAAUAUAAAUGAAGAUGAGAGAUAGUAAAGAUGA